CUUUCCCUCCACCCAAAUUCAUUGGUCAAAGCAUCACCAAAAAUCUUCUUCUAUAAAUUUGAAAUCCAAAACAGUGACCAUCACCUUUAAGUCCAUCAUCUUCCAUUGUUUCUCUUUGUAAAAGAAAUCAUCAAAAUCUUGAUACAUCAAAAGAUCUGAAAUUAAUUUUUUGGCCGUUCGUUCCUUUUUGUGAUGGUAGAGUAGGUGAUCAUUCCAGAAGGACGAAGCAAGAUAAAGAUAGUUGCGGAAGUGUGAUGGUGACAAUGAAGACGAAAAAUUAAGGCAAAAGUCAUACAUAGCCCCCUAAACUUUACCAUAUUUUCCUCAUGGCUACCUAAACCUACGAUUGUUCCAAUUUGAUACCUAAACUACUCUGAAUUUGUACCAUAUAAGCACCUUUUGCCUACAUGGCAGCUCGUCUGUGUUGCACGCAAAAUGGGCGCGUGAAGGGGUGUUUUGUUGCUUAGAUGGCAACUUCCAACGUACCUUUUUUGGUUAAUAAUCCCAAAUCUAAAACCCCAAUUUGCCAAAUUCUCUCAUUUCUCCUCCUUUCUCCCCCGUUUCUCUCUCUUCUUUCUAUUUAAUUUAUGUCUUCCUUAUCACUUCUCUCUUCUGUCUUCCUUAUCUCUUCGCUCUCGAUGUAUAAUUGUUGUUGUGUGUAUUCUCUCUUAUUUCUCUCUUCUUUAUAGCAAUGUCACAAAAUUCAGGGAUUAUAGAUGAAAAUGUUAUUUGUAAUUGUGGUAAUUCUUGUAAUGUAAGAACUUCGAGAAUAGUUAACAACCCAGGUCGUAGAUUUUUUGGUUGCAAGAUGCCAAAAGAUAACGGUGGAUGUGGCUAUUUUAAAUGGAUUGAUCUUUCUCCAGGGGUUGAGCUUUUUAAGGAGAAUCUUAAAGAGGUUGAAGAAGAGAGGGAUACAUUGAAACAUAAAAUGAAGGAACUUGGAGACAAGUUUGAUUCAUUGAAACAAAAAUUGAAGGAAAUUAAGCAAGAGAGGGACUGUACAAAAGCCAAAUUCAACAGGCUUGUCGUUGUUGUUCUAUGUUUUUUACUUGCAAAAAUUAUCUUUGGGUAGUCUAAUUGUUUCCUAGUUACUGUUUGUAAUGUUCCUACAAAGAUUUUCUUUUAUGUUUGUAGUAAUGUUUUGGUUAUUAGAUUUUGUGAAUUACUUGGCUUGUGUUUGAUGUUGUGAAUUAGUUGCAAAUAUGACAUGAAUAGAAUCUGCAAAUAUAAAUCAGCAA